GGAAUAGUUUUUACUUUAUAUGUAAUCCUGUUCAAAACAAUAAAUCAUCUUGAAAAUGGUAUUAUCUUUCUAGGCCUUGGCAUGCACUUCCCUUCUUUAAAAACUGCUGUAUAAAAUUUGAAGAAAGCUACGUAUUUUUUGUGACAUGGCUUAAUAAAAAUUGUGGCUCUUUCAGAAAUGCGUUGGUAAAUUUCUCAAGCACAGUAUGGCAGCUUACUUGUUCCUGUCCACCAGAGGAACAGGCACUGCUGGUUCCCUUCCCUGAACACCCUCCUGGUCCCAAAUGUGGUCUCUCAGUAUCUCCUUCCCAACUCCAAGUAACUGCAUAAUUUCCUAGUCUCUGAAUAUUGGGUAUAAUCAGAAAUUACAACAGUUAUUACUGGCUCUCCAUUCAGCCUGCAACCUCCAUCUCAGGACUGUUUUUGCAUGGCUUAAGCAUCUGGCAACAGAAUUGCAGAUCUGAUGUUACUGGUCACCUCAUGCUUGGAUUACUGUAAUUUAUUCUACAUGGGACUAUCCUUGAAGGGAGUUCUGAAGCUUCAAAGUUUAGAAUGCAGCUACUUGCCUACUGACUGAUUACUACCAGAACAUCAGAGUAGCACCAAUCUUGUUGGAGCUGCGCUGGUUCUCAGGAGCAGGCUGCCAGAUCCAAUUCAAGAGGCUGAUUAUCACCUAUAAAGCCCUUUAAGGUUUGGGAUGAGUCUCUCCAUGCACUCCAGGCAACCCAAGAGGACAGGCUAAGAAUCCUUCCCCUGAGAAAAGUCAGAGCGCAAACUAGGAAACAGCCCUUCUUGGUAGAGGUCCCCUCACGUUGAACCUCCAGAGAUGCAGAUGAUUCCUUUCCAAAAGAUGCCAAGACCCUAUUUCCUCAAUGGGCCUGCGGGGCAGAGGGUGCCACUUAGGUUGGAACAGCGUUUCUCAACUUUGGGAACUUUAAGAUGUGUGGACUUCCAUUCCCAGAGUAUUCAGGGUGUUCUCCGUGCAAGUCACAGAUCUACGUCAUUCACUGAUGGGCUUUCAGCAGCUUCCUUCUCCGAGUACCCCAGGCACAAACCAUUCGUUAAUGCUGACCUACAUCGAUCCCCUGCCAAGCCGGUAAAUGUCUAUCCAGAGAGCAACAGCAAAGCCAUAUUCUCAGCUCUGAAGAACCUGCAGGAGAAAAUACGACGGUUGGAGCUAGAACGGAUUCAAGCAGAAGAGAAUGUGAAAAGCCUGACCAGGGAGACCUCAGAUUAUAAAAAAGUGCUAAGUGAGCAGUUGCUGGAAAGAGAACAAUCAAAGUUGCAAGUAUCCAGGAAAAAUGAUGAGUUGGCAGCACAACUGGCAGGAGCCGAGACUCGCUGUAGUCUUCUGGAGAAACAGCUGGAAUACAUGAAGGAAAUGAUAGCACAGGCAGAACGCGAAAAGACGACUGUCUUGGAGAAACAGGCCACGUUGGAAAGGGAGAGGAUUGUUGAUCACUCCCACGUGAAGUCCAAGUUGGAAAGGUUGGAUCUGCUUGAGAAAGAAUACACCCGUCUUACUGCAAUGCAGUCUCUUGCAGAGAAAAAAAUGAAAGAAUUGGAAGAGAAGCUCCAAGAGGAAGAACGUGCUCGGAAGCUGGUGCAGGAAAAAGCUGCCGAGCUUCAGACAGGAUUGGAGACAAAUAGAAGGUUGCUGAAGGCCCAAACCCAGCCAGCACCAGUCUUGAUGCCUUCAAAAUCAAAAAAGAUGAAAAAAAAACCAAAGCAGCUGGAGAAGAAUGACUUGGGAAUGACCCACGUCCAUGCACAGCCCCACUACAGGCUACGAUUGGGUGAUGUGCCAUUUGUUGCUGGAAAGUCUACCAGCCCAAGCCACUCAGUCACCGCCAAUGUGCAGCAUGUGCUCCACCUCAUGAAGCAUCAUUCGAAAGCCCUCUGCAAUGACCGUGUGGUCAGCGAAGUCCUGAUGAGUAAGCAGAUGAACAAGGGCAGGAGAUCUUCUGCAUCUUCCAUUUCUUCCACGUCCCAAGGAGACCUUUCUGAGGUGCUUCUGACAUUACAAGAUGAGCUCGGGCAAAUGAGUUUUGAACACCAGCAUUUAGCAAAACUCAUCCAUGAAGCUUCAACAAUUGCCUUAAGGGGAGACUUGGAGAGGGAGUUGGAAGCGCUGGUGAAAAGGAUGGAGGCCAAGGCUGAACAAAUCAAUAAAAUCCAAAGACAUCGAGCACGGCUGGAGAAGCUCAAGGAGGCCAGCAAGACCAAGCAGCAUUGCAGCCGGGAUCCCUGCAAAGGGGACGAAGAGAAGACAGUGCCGGUAACUGGCAAGGUGAAAGAGGCCGGUCUGAAGAGGAAGCCGGGUGAGCAGGGUAGGAAGAGCCUCCAGCUGCUGAGAGAAAUGCAAAGUAUACAGUCCUCCCUUCAGAAAGAUGACGUCAGCUGGGACUGCUGAGGGGUCUUCCCGUGUGUGGGGUUUUGGCGGGUUUGUACCUUUUCUUUUUCAUGCCAGCUGCGGCCCAACCAGCCACCACGCUGGGUGAAAGACAAUGCCAUAGUGGCAGUUUCUAAACAAAGGCUUCUCCUAUUCCACCUGUACGCUUGAUCAUAUUACCCUCACGAGGGGAACUGGGGAUGGGCAGAAAGGGAAGGAAGAUAGGCCCAUUAUUAUUUUAUUGUUAGACCCCAUGUUGGUACCAGUGGUGGCUAUUUUGCUAUGAAACGUAAUCCUUGCCCUACAAUUCUGCUUCUGGCAAUGAAUUGCACCCGUUGCUUGGGGUGACCUCCUCCUACGACUUUUUCUUUUUCUUUUCUUAAAAAUCAUCUCCUGGAGAGUAGAAAGUGACCUGGGAAAAGCAUCAGUGUCAGUUUUUUGCAGAGUUUUUACUUUGCUUUGUAAACACACAGUGCCUUCGAAUGGAACAGCGGAAUUAAGGACUCUUUUGACUCUUUCAAGUUUCUUUUAUCAUAAGCAGCUUUUUCUUUAAAAAGAAAUAGCUCCAUCUUCUCAGCAUGGAGAACUCUGUAUUGCCACUCAGGCCUCAGUGUUUGAGUAAGAUGCUCCUGUUUUGAAAUAUGGAAAUUAUGCACAGAGGUGAGAAGAGGAUUUUUUUUUUUUUGACAUUCAAUUAAACACAUUUUGUAAAAACCAACCAACCUUCACAUCCGUUUUAGCCAUGGAAUCUAAGUGAUAUGGUUUCAGAGUGAAACCAAAUUGCCAGGUUGAUUUUAUCUCAUUUUUACUGUUUUGCUAGAAAGCAUGAGGUCAGUAUAUGUAGUUUUGUUUUCAAAAUAAAUAGUGCCUUAGAUCAUGCUGGUUAAUACUGGUGGGCAGCUUUUUAAAAACUAUUAUUCCCUAGACUAGAAGAUCUGGUGGUGGUUCUGGUACUAGGCAAUUUUAAUGUACAUACAACAUUAUUUAUUAUGUUAAUAAUGUAAAGGCUUUCUGAUGAUUAGACUAUAGUAAUAACUCAAAAUGGCCUCUGCUUUUUGAGGUUUGAUUGGACUGCAAUAAAGGCAAUGUGCUAAUGGAAUAAAUUAGCUGGGAAAACCAGUGCUCUUUGAUCUCCACUUUCCAUGGACUGCUGGACUUCAGGAACUGAUCUGUGUAAUCCAUGCACAAAGCAGGGUGCAUCAUUAGUUGACAUUUUUGCCUUGGUGACAGAUGGCCCAUUACUGGGCGUGAUGAGAAUGGACACCUGGCAAACUGGUUGGUGGGCACAGCCUCUUUCCAUCUCCUGCCAGAGCAGAAAAGGAAGUAUGCCCAGUCGCUCCAGUCUUGUUACCUCUUGCUUUUUUUUUUUUUUUUUUUUUU